AUGGAAACAAAGAGUAUUGCCCUUUCUGCUGCUGUUCCUGUUCCUGAAUUGCUUCAUAACAGAUAUAAUUAUGCGGAAUGGAAUAUUCGGAUGCGAACCUACUUGAAGGGUCAAAAUCUUUGGAAGGACUUCAUUGGCGAUGACGAAGAUGAAAACCAAAACCAAAACGCAACCGCAGCAGCUUCUUCGCAUGAUGAUAAUGAUGAAGAUAAUGAUGAAGAUGACGAUGGCGAAAAUGAUAAUGUUGAAAAUGACGAUGGAGAAAAUGAUAAUGAUGAUGAUGAGGAGGAGGAUACUGCUGCUGCUAUUAACGAUCCGAGGGGUUACAUGGCUUUACAUGCGAUCCAGAUUUCAUGCGGCCCACAGGCAUUUUCCAAGAUUAAGGACCUUUCGGUGGCCAGAGAUGCUUGGCAAACUUUGAAAAAUUGGUAUCAGCUUGCAGAUACGGGCAACAUUGACAGUAGCUAUCUUCAGUAUGAGAAGUUGUACAAGGCUGUGCUUCGUGUUAAUUUGACUGCUGUAAAGGACUUUCUUGAUUCUCAUGAUAUGAUGGCAGUAAGAAAGGCAAUCACAGAUAAAGGCGAAACGGCUCUUCACAUUGCUGUUACUGCUGGACAUGCCCAUAUAGUCCAGGAGUUGGUGGGUCGAAUGUCGAAAAAAGAGUUGGGAACUCUGGAUAAAGACGGUUACACAGCUCUAAUGACGGCUGUUGCGCAUGGAAGAUAUGAACUGGUGGAGUGUAUGCUUUGCACUUGCAAGGGCAAGAAAUUGAUCAGAAUUAGAGAUGGAAGAGGAGGAAAUCUUCCAGUUGUUAUGGCUAUUGAUUUCGGGCAAAUUAAAAUUGCCCGGUAUUUGUAUCCUCUCACUUCGCUGAAAGAUCUGGAGCCUGCUGAUCAAAGCGACCGCAACGGAGCUAAGUUUGUAACCCGUGCUAUAUAUACCGGAAAUUUUGGUAACAGCCUACUCUUUGUCCAUUAUUUCCGAUCAUUUGAAAUCUUGUUGGCAAUAUAA